CUUCCUUUUCUGAUUCAUUAAGUGGCAGGUUGUACGUAGAAACUAAACUCUUACCAUCAGUUUUUUUCGUACGCAUCUGGAAAAUUAUCAUCAUGAAAGAAUCAAAGAGCAGCAGUAGUCACCAGCGCCUGUUUGUGCGUCUCAAAACUCGUCUGCAGUUCGACAACGACUUCAAACUAAUGGCGGUGCUCACGGUGGCAUCGUUAGUUUUAUCCACGAUUUUGAUCUAUAAAUACUGCAUCAAAGAUCCGAACGUCACGGUAUUAACUGCAAACAGCCUUCAACCUAUUCCAGGCGGUAACGGUAAUUACGCCGUGGAUUACGAAAAGAUUCAGCCGAGCUGGACGGACUUCUACGCCUACAUCAAAGAAACCGUGGACGCUUGUCGGAAUGUGAAACAAUUUGGCGGCCUCGGGGAUCAUUUCAUAUGGAAAAAUGACGGAAAUUAUAGAGUGUGUCUGGACGAGGGCGUCGCGCCCACUCCAGGCUCCUGCACCGUCCUCUCCUUCGGCAUCAGCAACGAGUGGAGCUUUGACGACGCCAUGGAAGAGUACGGUUGUGAUGUGUACUCCUUCGACCCCACCAUGAGCGACCCAGAGCACAUCCGAGGCAAGAGGGUUCACUUCUACCCUUUGGGCCUCGGCGGUGUCACCCAAGAAGUCACCAUUGGCUUCUCCAAAUGCAAGGUGCUAACCUAUCGUGACAUCCUAGCAAAGAUCGGCAAGACGAACUCAGUUAUCGACUACAUAAAGGUCGACAUCGAGGGCUACGAGGUUGACUUCCUAGAGAACGUGCUUUACGACGACCAGGAACUACUCUUCAGAAUCAAACAGAUCGGCAUGGAACUACACCCAUCGAUUUUCAUAACUGAAAUGUCGGCGGCAAAGGAGAAGUACUGGCGGCUCGUCCACAAGCUGCGAAGUUUAGGUUUCACACCGAUAUUCGGUGAGCCCAUUCCUAUAUGGUACCUCUCAUUGACGUACGAUGGAAAAACAGAAUCGUGUUGUUAUGAAAUUGUAUGGAUUAAUAACCGCUUUGUGAAAAAAUGAAUUUUUAUUCAAAGUUUAUAACAAAACAAUUUCUAUGAGACAUUUCGCAUUUUAGUUAAAACCAUAAGGGUAUGAAUCACAAAUGCAAGUCGUUAGGAAUGAUACUAAUAGAAGUAUGGUACACGCUACAAAAUAUAUAACGAGUAAUGCGAAUCACGCUUGUUCAAUUUCAAUUGUUUUUCAUAAUGUGCAAUUUACCGCGUUUAAAAUAAAAAUAAUUGAAGCGUAUCUAAUUCUUCAUUGUAACUUAAUCAUGUGACAACCUCCACAUCAUAGCAUGUGAACUCUCUUAAAAAACAAUAAAUUUCACGAUCACAUUCGGGUUCUCUUAUUGGCUGUGGGAGUUCAAAUGAAAGCUUAAUACGGCAUAGAUGUCGAGACCAUAAAUUGCCUUAAAUGUUGCAAGCAAAGCGAUGUAUGAUUUUAAUGCAAACGAUGAUCUCGAUAAAAAAAAUGGUAAUUAACUUACAUAAAAAUUCCUUAAUCUAGAUAAAUUUAAUCGAAUGACUUUGCUGAUUGCAAAAUUGUUGUGUUUAGAGCACGCAGGUGCAUUUUAUUAUUUUUUUUUUCAAUGUCGAAACAUUCAGGAUUAGUGUUAAUCUCGGCAAUUCUAUACCUAAUGGGAGGAAAAUAAUAAAAUACGAUUUAUUGAGAACAAUGAAAUGUGUCUUAGUGUAUCUACAUCCUUAUUAGACAUUUGCAUUUUUAUGCUGUGUUUCUAUUUCUAAUAGAAACAUAUUAUAUUUUUAUAUGUAAAACCUCUUAGCAAGAAAUAUUUUUUA